GGCGAAAGGCGCCAAAACCGUUCCCAGUUGGAGCGUUUUGUAAAUCGAUUCUUUUGUGAUUCCCGCUGCCUACUAGUGUAAAACUGUGUCGCAUUAAUUUCCGACCAUGCCGAUUUACGUGAGAAACCCCUUAGUGAAAGGUGAAAGGAAAGGAAAGCUGGAGGAAUGGUGUAUCGUGGAGUUGCAGGGCGAUUUGGAAGUUCGUGGUGAGCGUAUCAUGGCGGGACAGUUUAUCGGCGAUCUGCUCUACAACAAAUACGGCCAACCGAUCCUCAUCAUUGGGCAUCAUAUACUGCAAGGAAGAAUGCAGAAGAUCGACAAACCAUUGCUGGUGGUGGAGAAGCAGGAUCUUCGCCAAACUUCCAGUAGAGAUUACGACGAAACCAUGCUGGACAUCAGCCAGGUAGUGACGGAAAGUCAGCAGGAACUAGAUUCGACUGCACACUCCGUCGCUUCAAACCGGACCGUUCUCGAUUCCACGGUAGCGAUUGAGCACAAGGUGGUACCGAAGGUGGAAUAUCUAGUUAGAGCUGUCGUACGCAGUAAGGUGCUGUUCAAGGCAAGGCCCAAACCCAUCAUUGCCAAUGUGGCCAAAACAGUUUGAUUGCGGCAAGUGGCCGUUGGAGUUGUAAAUAGUUCUAUGA